AAACACGGUAACCUUCCCUUAGCGUUCGCAAAUGAGAAAGCAAUGGUAAAAUAACAUCUGGAAUUAUCAUUGUUUUCUUUUGCAGAUUGUUACAAGGCUCCGAAAUGGAGCGAUACUAUUCAAUUUUAGUUUUUGUUGCGUUUUUGGGAACAGGUCUAGCACUAGAGUGCUAUGUAUGCCAGAACCAGCCAGAUAACAGAGACAAAUGUGUCAAGACCACAGUUCAGUGUGAGGAGAGUCAGGACACAUGUCUGACACAUAUAGAGUGGAGAGCCCCUGAUUUCUGGACCCCACGUAGUGAGAAGAUGCACUACGUACACAAAAGCUGCCACACGUCAUCGUACUGCUCACAGAUGCAGAGACAGGUUGGGAUGCGCUGUAUGAGGGACUGGUACAGGGACUGGGAAUGUUACGAGUGCUGCGGUGGCGACCGCUGUAACUUUUAUGUUACUCUUGGAUCUACGGCCAUCUACCCCAGUGUUUUGUUGCUCGCAGCUUCUGUUUCGUUGUUUAUUUUAGCACAGUUUAGAUAAAUCAUUCCUCUAUGUGUGUGUGUCAUCAAUUUUCUGAGUAUGUUGUACAGGGUGAAUGUUUGUUACUAUUAUCAUAUUUUAGAAUCUGUUAAACUUCAAGUCUGCUAAAUAAAUGGCUACAUGUCUUGUUUUAGUAAUAUUUAACACAGUUUAAGUAAAAAAAUCUGGAGUUAUCAAUGGAGCAUCAAACUAACUUUUCAAAUACUCACUCAAAACCCCAAAAUACAAAUCAGAUUUGAUAUGACCUAGGUGAUAUGUAGUUAAUUGCUCCUUCUUUUACAUUAAAUUUGAAAUUUUUAGCUAUCUUUUAGUAUCUUAGAUAAUAUAGCUUGAUCAAAAAAAUAUACUCAAUUAUCAGACUAUGGCAGAUUCUAUAAUAUUGAUAAUAUUUUUGUUCCGCUUGAAAUGUCCAUUCCAAAUUUUUAAUCUACAAAUUGAAUUUCAGUCUUUAAGUGAAGUGACAAUGUAAAAAGUAAUGUGUUUUCACUGGUCUGUGUUGAUAUUUGAGAUUGUAGUUUCACUAGCAGAUAUUUGUUUUGAUCACUUUGUGCUGGUGGUGUCUUAUUUUAAAAAGUUAACAUUUUUAUUGGCUAUAAAUAGUAACACAACCUAUUUCCUUUUUUUUUUUGAAAAUGGUCAAGUAGAUUGUCUUUAACCAGGAUGUAACCCAUCUGCCAACCGUAAGAUUGGUUCUAUGGGUUUAGAGAAUAAAACUCUUAAAAAUAUUUCAUCUAAUUCAGACUUCAUAACCGACUUUGAAAGUUAAUCUUUAUCCUCAUAUUAUUGCUAGUGAUUUUUUUUUCAUGAAAAACAUAUCAAAAUGCUGAAUUCUAAUAACAUAUCACACCGAUAUUUUCUGCUCAGUAUAUAAUAAAAAAAAACAUUCCAUUAUUAGAAGCAGGAAAUAAGUAAUGAAGAAAAAAUGCAUUUUUUAAUAAGGUGUUUAGAUGUGCUUUGAUACCAGCUGUUUCUAUAGACUCAUAAAACCAACAGCUGUCAUGUGAGCUGACAUGUUGGUGUUCACAUUCCAUUGUUUUGUUUUUUUUCAUCACAAUUUCUGCAGCCUGUUGUAUAUUUAUACAGAGAUGAACAUUCCAUUUUUACUUGUAUAGACUUUGCUAUCUUCAGUCGAAAGUUGUCUCGACAAAGUGGUAUAAUCAAAUCUUUUCUACUCAUAUUCGUGUUCAUGAUUUGAUAAAAAAUAUUAUUUACAGUAUAAUUCCGUUAAUAGUUUUAGUUUCUGAACUUUAACGUUUCUUGAGGUAUUUUUACUCUGUGAAAAGAUACACACAGUAUUUCUAAAAGGAUUGUUUCAAUAGUUGGCCUUCUAAUUAAAUAGAAAUAAAUGCUGCAGCUUUCUGAUAGCCCAUUUUUUUUAGCUCUGUAAAUAUUAUUCAUACAUCGAUUUACCUGAAUUGGACUUUUCAUUUUCUAUGCAUAACACGUUGUAAAUAGUCUAUUUUUU